CGACGUCUCCCCAAUCCCAAACCAAUCCAAUCCAAUACAAUGAGCCUCCCAAAAACCUCACCAAUCACCACACGCCAUGUGGUGGUUCUGCCGUUCCCCGGCCGCGGCCACAUCAACCCCAUGAUGUGCCUCUGCAACUCCCUCGCUUCGUUAAACCCGGCCGCCGACAACACAGACAUCAUCGUCACCUUUAUCGUAACGGAGGAGUGGCUCGGCUUCAUCGGCUCGGAGCCGAAGCCCGACAACGUGAGCUUCGCUACUAUUCCCAACGUCAUCCCCUCCGAGAUCGGCCGCGGCGCUGACUCUCCCGGAUUCUAUGAGACCGUUUUGAGAAAAAUCAAAACCCCGGUCGAAGACCUCCUCGACCGACUGGAGCCGCCGGUCACCGCCUUGAUAGCCGACACGUACUUGGUCUGGUCCGUCGAGAUGGGGAAUGUGAGGAAUAUUCCGGUAGCUUCUCUAUGGACCAUGUCCGCUUCUGUCUACUCCGUCUUCCAUUUCUUCGAUCUCCUCGUCCAACACAGGCAUUUUCCCGUUAAUUUGGAAGAACGAGGAGAAGAGCACGUGGCCUACAUCCCGGGACUUCCUUCCACACGUGUGGCGGACCUUCCCACGUGUUUCUACGGGAAAGGGAUUAAUGUAUUGGAUCGAGCUCUAGAAUCCGUUGCAUCGUUGUCCAAAGCCCAAUGGCUUUUGUUGCCUUCAGUGUACGAGCUUGAAGCCCCAGUGAUCGACGCUCUGAGGGCGAACACAUCGAUCCCUGUUUAUCACAUUGGGCCCACCAUACCCCAUUCCAAAGUGGAGGCCGAAUCAAGGCCCAGUGAGGCCCACUAUUUUGAUUGGCUAGACAAACAGCCUAGUGGGUCAGUUUUGUACGUAUCGCAAGGGAGCUUGCAUUCAGCUCCCAAAGCCCAAAUGGAUGAAAUCGCUGAUGGGUUGAGGGAGAGUAAGGUUCGAUUCUUCUGGGUGGCGCGUGAAGCAGCUUCUGAGUCGAAAGAGAGGUGCGGGGAGAUGGGGAUUGUGGUGCCCUGGUGUGACCAAUUGAGGGUGUUAUGUCAUGAUUCUAUUGGUGGGUUUUGGUCCCACUGCGGUUGGAAUUCGACCUCAGAAGCUGUUUUUGCUGGUCUUCCAAUGCUGACUUUUCCUAUAUAUUGGGACCAGGUCCCCAAUAGCAAGAUGAUUGUGGAGGAUUGGAAGAUUGGGUGGAGGGUGAAGAAGAAAGGGGUGGGAGAAAAAGAAAGUUUGGUGGGUAGAGAAGAAAUUGCAGGGAUUGUGAGGAGGUUUAUGGAUUUGGAAAGUGAGGAGGGUAAGGAAAUGAGGAGCAAAGCGAGGGAGCUUAGGGACAUUUAUCGACAAGCAAUUCGAAAGGGUGGCUCGACUUAUGCCAAUCUUGAAGCAUUUGUAAGUGACAUAUGCAAGCAAGAUUUCUAAUGACACUUUCUGUUUUGAGUUGGUUUCAUGCCCACCACAAUUAUGUAUGCAGUUUGACAAACGA